CCAUCCCAUCCCGGGGCUGCUAUGUUUCCUGCGCGCUGCCGGGACUCACUACAGGGAAAAUAGUUCCGGCCUCGCAGAGGCUUUCCGAGACUAUCUGAGCCCCUAAACCUGCCGGAGGUGGCCUUCUUCCUGCCACCCCACUGGUCUGGAGGGCAUGUGCGCAGGUUGAUGCGGCUAGGCGGGAGGCCGGCUCUCGGUGCGGGAUGACCGUGCGGAGGGAUACGCACGGUGCAGGCCUUGGAAUGAGUUUGAAUGAAGAGGCGGGUCCAGCCCCUCAGCCGUAGUUUUCCCCUCGGGCGGGUCGUCCUGGAUUUGGGAACCGUUGUGUUUGUAUGCCAGACACCUCCUGUACCUCCAAAAGCUUCCAAUCUAACUUCAGAUGUUAGCACAACAAAGGGAACAAUAAAACAAUUAGAAGUAGAUGAACCUUAUCUCAGAGGUUGGAGAUUUUCCUAAUGAAAGAAGGACGGCUGCAUCUUCUAACAGCUUUACAGCGUCUGCAUGUUGUGGCGGUUGCUUUUACAAAAAAACAUAAACAUGCUCUUAAUGACAGAGCUGUGAUUACAAGAGAACAACGAGACUGAUUGUAUUUUUUGGGAAGCUCAGAAUACAGUACUGACUAUGCACAGACAAUCUAGACAAAUUAUAAAUACUAUUGCUGAUGUGAAAGGAAUUACUGAAGAAGAUGGAGAUGUUUCUUCUAUGCCUGUUCCAAAAGAUAAGAUUGUCAGAAUGGAUGAAUCAAAAAGCACAAAGGUUUCAGAAAUGGAAAAUUUAAAUGGCAGGAACCCCACAAAUGUGCAGAAACCCAGAGUGAAAUGCAACAAAUACGUAGGGAGAAAAUCGCAUCAGAAGAGUAAGGAGGAUAGUAAACUGACAGUUUAUGAAAGCCUUUCUGUUAAACAAAAAGGAAACUUAUUUGAACCUUCCUUGUCCUUUUUGACAUCAGACAAACUGCAGAGUCCUUCUUCAGAAGGCAGACCUACAUUUUUGGGUGAGGCAAGCUAUCUGACGCCAAACAAAGGUGAAGCAGAUGUAAAACCUAAUUGUGGAACAUCGGAGAAAUUAAUGAAGAAACCUAUUGAUUUUGCUCAUGUAACAAUUGCUGAAUUUGGGAUUACUCCAGAGUCUUUUACUGCUAAGCCAUCUGUAGGGAAAUCCCUGGCUUUAAAACUUAGGCGCAGAUCUACGAUUGGAGUACGGGGUUCCCCUGAAAAUAAUAGUCUUAUUCGAUACCUUGCCCAACAAAGGAGGAACAGAACCAAAGACCCUUUCACAAAGGCCAGCCCUUUUAAACAUCAAAAUGUUGGCUCGUUAAAGGAUAGAAUAUCUGCCUUUCAGUCGUCAUUUCAAUCCGCGCAAGAGGACGACAAUAGGGCUUGUUUUCCUGGGCUCUCGCAGGAGGAGAGUGUGUCCCGGGCAGCAGGCUAUUCUCUCAACAAACAGCAUGAACAGUCUCAGUUGAGUGAAGAGUUAUCAUCUGAACACAAGGGUGUUGCUUAUGGGGAAAACUCGAAAGAAGAAUUAACUAAUGGUGAUAAAACUGCAGCCAGUAUCCAGGUAUGCAAGAUUGUCUCUCCAUCAGAGGAGGUGCCCAUCAUUGAAACUACUACUGCUAUAAUUUCAAAGAAAAUUCCCUGUACGCCACCACUUAGUGAAUCUGGAAGCUUAUCUUUAGAGAUUAUUCCACUAACGGGCAUCCCAAAGACACCACGCAACUUGACUUCUGAGUGUAUCUGUGAAGAUUUUGGAAGUAAUACUAGAUCACAGCUAAGCAGAAAGAAAGUUACCUUUGCAGAAGAACUGAGCUUGGAGAGAUUUGAUGAAACCAUGCCACCUGUUACGACACCGCAAAAGGGAAACCUUCCAUCCAGUGAACAAUCCCAUAACGGCUCUUCCUGCCUUCGAUCUGUUCUGAAGAAAACACCAGUAAAACUACUGAUGGAACGCGUGCAGGAACACACAAGCAAUACUACUGGCAUGGAAGGAAACAAACCUCUCUUAUUCUCUGAUCUCUCAAGAAGUUUUGAAGAACUGCGAACAGAUACAAGCAAUGCUAAAACAAUAGACAAAACAGAUGUGUACAGCUUUGAGAAGCCAAUGAAGAGACAGAAGGUUACUUUUGGAGAGGAUUUAAGCCCAGAAGUAUUUGAUAAAACCUUGCCUGCAAAUACACCAUUGCGUAAAGGAGCCACCCCAAUCAGUAACCCAGGAUCACAAAGCGGUAGCCCUUCCAAAGUAAUAAGUCCUAGGAGAGAACCUUUAUCCCAGCCAAACUUUGAUGACUGUGAUGGUGAUGAUGAAUAUGUUAAGCCUCUUCAAGAGUCUGGAGCAGUCCCGGAGAAUAUGAAAGAAAUGAAUUCCUUUGAUAACAAAAGGUCUUGUCCCAGAAUAACCCGGUCCUCUACUAAAAGAAAGUAUAUCAACGUUUCGGAAGAGACUGGUGUUAGCAUCUUGACCAAAAAUGCUCAAGAUAUUAAAACGCUAAGAAAGAGCAAGGUUCAAAGAGGAAAGGAAAACAAAUCUGCCCCCAAAAGGAUACCGAAGGUAAAACUUAGAGGUUAUGGACGAAAAAGAGGAAAGAAAAAGGUAGAAAAACGCUUGUAUGGUCAGAGAGAAGUAGCUUCAAAGAAACCUCUUUUGAGCCCAAUUCUUGAGAUCCCAGAGGUCUUCUCUUCUGCACCAUCUUCUCCAAACUCACCUCGGACCCACAUUCUGCUCUUCUCAGAUUAUUCCAAAUCCACCAAUGCCCACAGAGGAUCUAUGAAUGAAGUCGUUGAACAGAAGAAAGUGUUUGGAAGAAACCAAAGGCAAGUGCCUAUAACUAACAAACGUCCAAACGCUAGAGACCUUGACGUUGUAGAAGCCAGUGGCAUCGAGUGUCAGUCAUUAGGCGGUGGCCCUGAUCCUGCUUCAACCGUUAAUAUUGAGGUGCUUAAUGUACAAGAAAACAUUCAGACAGAAAAUGAGCUGGAAUCACCCUUAAUGUCGCUAGAACAGAAAGAGAGUGAUGUUUGUGUGAAUAAUCGGACCAAUGAAGAAGACAGCAAUGAUAAGACCUCCUGUGAGCAGUCUGAGUCCAGUCUUAUGACGGAACACAGUUCACCUGUCAUUGUAAAAUCAAACUCUCUUUUGCCACGACUAAACACAAUAAUGCAAGAAAUUAAGAGCACUUCCCCAUUUGAUACAUAUGACAAUAAAGAACAUGAAAAAGAGAGAGCUGUCUUAAUAGAAAAUGAAUGUGUACUGGAAAGUGAUCAUCCUUCAGGUAACUCCGAGGUGCUAAAGGAGCUAGAGUUCUUCAACCUGCAGGACAUCGGUAUAAGUGAAAAUACUCAAACUGGAUGUUCUGUUACAGACUUUGGAAGAGAACGAACAGCUGACAGUGAUGCCAAUGUAAAAGGAUCCAAAAGGCCUUCAAGAAAAGGCAGGAGAAGCACUAUCUAUUUUUCUGAACUUGAGAAUCUCCAUUUUGAAGCACUUGGAAACAAUCUGUCUGGCUCCUUUACUAAUGAGCAAGAAUCCCGAAUAGAAAAUGACUCAGAAAUGUUUAGUGAUCUACAUUACUCUAUAGAACAGUCCUUCUUGAAGGCGAGUGAGGAUCAUGAAAAAAAGGUAAGACGUAGUAUGAGGCUGCAUAAAAACGCAGAAAAUGAGGGACUUGCGUGGAUUAAAAUGCCUAUUGAGCUUCACAAGAACCCUUUGUCAGAUUCUGCUCGCAAAUCGAGGCGGACGAUGUAUGCAUCCAUCUUUAAAGAAUCUGAGAAGGUUCAUCGAAGACCAGAAAAUUGGAUCCAAUUUUCAGCUGUGGGGAAAGAGAACAAUGAGCAUGUUCCUGUUGCAGGAGGCUCUUGCAAAACACGGAGGAGGAGCAUGUGGGCAUCCACUUCCCAGGAAACCAAAAAUAUAACUCAAACAAGGAAAAAGAGAAUGGCAAGCCUUACGUACAAUGAUAAAAAUUACCAAAAGGAGUCUGAAGUGCAAGUAUCUUUUGAGAACCAUCCUAAUGCCUAGGCAAACUGGGCCAUCUCUUUUUUAAAAAGAAAAAGAUUUCAAAAACAAGCUAACAAAUAGAGAUCCUGUACAACUAACAUAACCAUGAAGAAAGCUCCUGCUGGGGUGCAGACUUUUCCCAGGUUCUGCAGAGACUUUGCUUUACCAUCUUGAUACCAACAGGUCUGGAGCUCCCACUGCUAUGGACUUUGCAUUUGCACUAAUCAUUAAGAAAUCCCAAUUUCUGCAGAAGGAUUGAUUGUUAAGUUUGUUUAAUCUUUAGUAUAUACAACACUUCAUGUUUUAAUGUUUAAGGCUAAACUGGCUAGAAAAGGAUAUGAACGUGUCCAGCAAAUGAAAAGUAGUGCAUAAUUGCUUUAUGAAUGUUUUAAAUCUUCAGUGUAUAUGUACCCAAUACAGUACUCAGUAGUUGACCUGUCAUUUUACUGUUCACUUAUUUCUAGUUUGAGCUAUAGAACGUAAAAUGUUGAAUAUGGUUUGCUUAAUACAAUCAGUAUUGUUUUCGUAUUUCAUGCUGUUCUACUUCAACUGUAAGGUGAAAUAUGCCAGCUUUAAAACCGAUUCUUAAAGUUGAAGAAUCAUCUCUAUUGUAAACGUGUUUGACCACUUUGAGCUGGAAUAAAAUUUCUUAUGUACUUUUGGUGAAGCUAGAAAAUCACAUUGAAACACUGUCUGUCUUACCCUAUCUGCAGAGACCAACAGCCAGUCUUUCAGAAAACAAGAACUACUCGGGCAACUUUGCAAGAAACUUCAUCAAAAGUUAUCAUUUUGUGUUGUACUGUUGAUUUCAGUGACAGUUCUUCAUCCGGACCCAUCCGCUUUCUUUUACUGUUUCAUCGUCCCUUUUUUUUUUUUUCCCCAAUUCUUCAUUAACUAAAUCUUUGCACGUUUAUCUGCUUUUGCUGUCUUCCAAAUUUUUCUAACUUGAACUGGUUUCUGGAAGAUAGUAGAAUAUGCUCUCUAACGUUAGCAAAAUUAAACCUACCACAGUGAAAAUUUUAGACUUUUUGGUUUAGAAGAUAGGAGCAUAUCCAGUUAAAUUAUGUUGGCAUAGCAAUAUCUUCAUUUUACCAGCAGAGGGCAGCGUGGCAUGAAUUUUGCACUGGGGUAGAGGUAGACAAACCGGACGACUUUGUGAAAACUGUCCUGGAUUUAAAAAUAUCUUUCCACAGUUCCCAGACCGCAAUACUGAAAUGUCAAAAUCACUUGCGUUGGUUCAAAACAAACUGGUAAUGGUAGCUAACUCUGGUACUCUUACUUUAUACUUAAUUAAUUUUCUUGCCUGUUUCACACCUUUAUGGGAUGGGGUUGGGAGAAAUGGUUUAAAGGUUAAAAUAAAACUAAAUUCAACUUAUGAAUGAUGGCGUAUACUGUAAUCAAUAUGAGAUAGUGGGCUCUGGGAAGAGCCCACACAUCACCUUGUCUUACAAGACUGGGUGUUGUCUAUUGGUCUUGACUAAAAUUUUACUUUUCUUCCUAGAAUAUAUUUUUUACUAGGUACUAAGUCUGGAGACAGACUCUCCUUGUGUGACAGAUGUGUAUAUCCUAUUUUUAAGAAAAAGGGAUAUCCAAGUAUAAACAGAUUUUUUUUUUCCAGCAUAAUUACCCCAGUGACUGGUAUUUGCAGGGGUUAACUGAGCCUAGAGGUUGAAACCUGAGAAGAGGUGAAAGAAAUUGUUGUUGGGAUGCAAGAAAGUAUAGUGAGAGUCGCUUAGGGGUAAGAUGGGAAUAAGGAUAAUGAGACAGUACUGGUGUUGGAGGGUCAUUGGACUUCGGAGGGAAGCAGAUAUUCUGGGAUAGAUGGGAAUAAGGAUAAUGAGACAGUACUGGCAUUGGAGGGUCAUUGGACUUUGGAGGGAAGCAGAUAUUCUGGGAUAUGAGGCUUUUCCCCCCAGGGAGCGAGCGCCUGUGAGCGUGAAGCAUAAUAAAAAAGGGACUUUUGCAUCUCAAAAAUGCAUGCAUAUAAAACACUGCUACUUUCACAAGGGAAAGUGUGUACCUAGGAUCCUGGAGCCAUCUGAGAGCCACAGUGUGGUUACCAGGCUGCUGUGUAGGAACUGGAGCCAGGAAUCCAUCAACCUGCCUGCAUUUUUCUCAAAGCUGAACAAUGAGAUGGGGCUAAAACGUAAUGUGAAAGGAGACUUAUGUUUCACAUUCCUAAAAUGGUGUUCAUAAAGUUUAAGUUUUAAAAAGAUGAUAUCAAAUUUGCAUCUCUAACUCAGAGGCAGCCUCCUAUAAUUGCUGAUUUUAUUGCACGAUGGCUUAAUAGGGUAGAGUAAGGUAACAUUUAGGUGGCAUGGUCAGGGGAAGAGUAAACCAGGUUUUUGGGGUCAGGAUAUUCUGGUUUUUAAUCCUGGCUUUGCCACUUACUCUGGCCUUGUUGAGAGUAGGUUUUAAGUUGUCCUCUUAGGUCAAGUCAGCAAGGUCAGUCUAACAUCUACCCCUCUAUUCAAGACCGCACAAUCAUGGUUUAGAAUGUACAAAACUGGCAGAGUUAAAGCCUAGCCCAGGGUUUAACUUGAUUAGUCAAGGAUGUUCUAAAGCCUGGUGCUUUGUCUUGGCUGGAAUUGUAAAAGGUGUUCAUUAGAUUGUGAUGGCACAGAGUUCCUGAGCUCAAUUUAAAACCUUGUCUUGACAAAGAUGGACUUUGCUUGUAAGCUCUUGCGGGCGGUGGUGGUCUUUGUUCUGUGUUUUUUCUUAUACAGCACCUGGUACAAUGGGAUGCUGGUGUAUGACUGAGGCCAGAUCUACAC